CUCGGACAGCUUCGCAGCAGAUGAGGCUGGCUGGCUCGCGCCUGUCGUCCCGCCCCCUAUUGGCCCUCCGCGGCCGCCUCGGCGCGGCGUCGGUGCUGGGCCGCCGCGGGCUCCACCUCGGCGUCGAGGCUGACCCGCGGCGUAUGACCUUUGUGGACCCGACCGUGCCGGAGGAGACACCGAGCCGGGAGCGAGAGGAGGAGCAGGAGCUCCGUUCGCUCAACGGGAUGGCGCAGGCGUAUCGCGAGGCGGGCGACCUGACGCGUGCGGAGGCGUACUUUGCGCGCGUCCUCGCGCGCCGCCGCGCCCUCCACGGCAGCGAUGACCCUCGCACCCUGUACGCGAUGGGACACCUGACUGCGGUGCUGGCGGCGCGCGGCUCGCUGCACGCGGCGGUGACGCUGGCGAAGAAGCAGUGCGCGGCGUCGCUGCGCACGCUGGGCCCUUGCCACCCCGACACGCUCCUCUGCCACGGGCACGCUGUCUCACUCCUCUCCCAGGUCGGGCGGCACGAGGAGGCCGAGGAGACGGCGCGGCUGACCCACUCCUCGUGCGCCGCCUACCACGGCGAGGCGCACCCGACCACGCUCAUCGCCCUCUCGCAGCUGGGCCAGGCGCUGAUCGCCGUCAACAAGCUCGAUGAGGCGGAGACCUGCCUCCGCACCGAGGUGGCUCUCUCGACCGACUCGCUCGGCGGCAGCCACCCCGAGACUCGCAUCGCCUGCUCCAACCUCGCCUCGGCGCUGGUGGCGCAAGCGCGCGUGCUCGCUGACGCGAUGCCCGACCUGUCCGCCUCGAAGCUGUCCGAGGCGGAGGCGCUGUUCCGCGCGCAACUCGACGCCUGUGCCGAGCUGUCGGCGCUGGUGCUCGGGCCGGCGCACGAGGACACGCUGUCCGCACAAGAGGCGCACGCGCGCGUGCUGGGGCACCUCAGCCGGUACGAGGAGGCGGUGGCGCUGCUGCGCGCCAGCAGAGGCGAGGCGCACCCGGCAACGCUCGCGCUGAUGGCCGAGGCGACCCAAAAGUACCACGACGAGGGCCGGCCGUCGCAGGCGGAGCCGCUGGCGCGCGAGCUCGUCGCCGCGUGCGCGCGCCGGCUAGGCGAGGGGCACACGCUGACUGUGCGCUACUCGUGGAUGCUGGCGGUGCUGCUGCGGCAGCAGGGCAAGGGCGACGAGGCGGCGGCGAUCACCGGCGAGUGGGGCGCGCUGCCGUCGGAUUUGCCGGCGAGCUUGCCGACGGCGCGGGGGCACAAGCCGGCGCCGCAUUCGGUUGUGGACUACGUGGAGCUGGGCCAGUUCUCGCACACGCUGCAGACGGUGAGCUUCGAAGACAACUACUCCAAGGACCUCGUCUCGCUGGGCCACGGCGCGGCGGAGCUGCCGCUCGGGGAGCUCGGCGGCGGAGGCUUCGCUUUCCACUUCGAGACGCCGUCGUACUGAGGCCGCCCUACUGAGCCUUGCGGGGGCGGCGGCGGCGGGGAGGAGCGGGAGGCGGCCGAGGCACGGCGAGGGGUGCGGAGGAGGCGGAGGAGGGGAGACGGGGAGGGCUCGCGCCCCUUGCCUCGUGCCCCCCUGCCUCGUGAUCCCGCGGGGCGAGUGGCGUCGCCCCGCGGUGUACAACGUCUGGCGCGCGCACACCCGCGCGCGGCAGAGUCGCUCGGCGCGGCCGCGGCAGUAGUGCAUGUGCAAUCUCUGGUGCAUGUGUUGUCUCAUGUGAGAGACUUUGUGAGCGGGACUGCGUCGAUGUGCCGCGCUCUAGGUCUAAGGGGAGCACAGCGAGGCCCCGCUGUGAGGUUUGCAUACAUUUGAAGCGGGGCUAUGUAAAA